GUGCUGGCUUUUUUUUAGGUCUUUGAGUGGGAGGGGAGAGACUUCGGACAGUAGAAACUUGUGAGACAAAAAUGCAAAGACAGACAGUUUUGGGCACAACUCAUCUCGGCAAUGUCUCAUCCUUUUCUUUCACAAGGCGGACUGCCACGAAUUUUCCAUAUGACCUUCACGGAAGUGAUGGUUCAAUGCACUGAGUCAUUGCAUUGGUAGGCUAUAUCAAGUAUCUGACCUUAACGUAUACUAAGCCAACAAUCGGGAAGCUCGAGACAAGUGGACGCAAAAACGUGUUCGAAUUUUGGACGGAUACAUUUUUUUUCCCAAAACGGGGACCUCAAAAUUUGCGAUAACAACUCUAUUUCCCAGGCCUGUACAUUCCGGUUACCGUCAAAUUUUACAAACUGUCACCCACUGAAUGUUUAUGAUGCUCUUAUUUAUUUGAGCUGUCAAAUAUAAAAUAAAACUUUAAAUAACCAACAUCAUUUUUUUAGUGUUAUUUUGAACAGUACCUGGAAGCAUGGAAUUAAACCAGGAAAAAGGAGAAAUGUUAGAUACGUAUUCCCGGCAGGCCACCGAUGGCGCGUCCGUCCGGAAUCCGGACCUGCAGUUUAAACUAUCGGAUGACGGGCGUCGUUUGGGUAACAUGGAACCGGAGAAAGACGAGGGCACUGGGCAAAAACAGAUGGAAGUGACAGGACCCGCGCUGUCAAAGCGAAAACUUCUUGUUGGUCUGGACCUACUAUGUUUGUUUCUAGCCUCCAUCCCGUUCUUCGCGUGCGAGCUGAAGACGAUGACUGCGUACCGAAGAGGGUUCAUCUGUGGCGAUCCCAGCAUCACGUAUCCGUACCUGCGGAGGGAGGCGAUACCGGACGAGCUGCUCAUCGCCGGCGGGGUCGUCAUCACCGGGCUCACGAUAGCUUUAGGGGAGUGUUACCGCGUCCGUUACCAUGGAGUCAGCUCCAAGGCCUUCGUCAGGAACAUCUACGUCUCCAGCCUCUACAAGGAGUUGGGAGCCUUCCUUUUUGGCUGCUGUGUCGGCCAAUCCCUGACCAACAUGGCCAAGCUGAGCGUGGGGCGGCUACGGCCUCACUUCCUGUCUGUGUGCGGUGUCACAUACUCCUCGCUCAACUGUACGCCCGGGACCUACGUCUCCACGGUAACCUGCAGACAGCCAGAUCACCGUCUAGAAGAGGAGGCAAGGAAAUCAUUUUUUUCUGGUCAUGCUUCGUUUGCUAUGUACACUAUGCUGUAUCUCGCAUUUUAUCUUCAGGCCAGGUUAUGUUGGAAGGGGGCCAGGUUAAUCAGACCACUCAUACAGUUCUUCCUGGUUCUACUGGCUGUGUUUACAGGCCUGACCAGGAUAUCUGACUACCGUCAUCAUCCAUCUGAUGUCAUCACUGGAUACAUUCAGGGAGCAGUUACUGCCUAUUGGGUGGCAUUCCACAUUUCCUCCAUGUUUAAAGACUACAGCCCCUCCAUUUCUCCUAACCUGGACAGUUCCCUGUCACCACACCACACCAUCUGUUAGGGAACCCAAUCACAACACCAUCUGUUAGGGAACCCAAUCACCACACCAUCUGUUAGGGAACCCAGUCACAACGCCAUCUGUUAGGGAACCCAGUCACCAGACCAUCUGUUAGGGAACCCAGUCACCACACCAUCUGUUAGGGAACCCAAUCACCACACCAUCUGUUAGGGAACCCAAUCACCACACCAUCUGUUAGGGAACCCAGUCACCAGACCAUCUGUUAGGGAACCCAAUCAACACACUGUCCUGUGUGUAAUCUGGACAUAUUCGGAAAAAUAAGCUUAUACUGUGAAAUCCCUUGGGGAGGGAGAGAGAGAUGGGGAGAGAGAGAGAGAUGGGGAGGUAGAGAGUGAUUGGGAGGGAGAGAGAUGGG